AUGAAAAUGAAUAGGAAGGUUGUUCAUGUAAAUGGAAUUCUUCAAAGUUUGGCAGCUGCCCUGUACUCCGUUGCUUUACUCUCAAAUUCUCAGACAUCACAAGACCAGAAUGAACAGGAUCAGCAAUUCCAAGGGACUGUUAAUGAUUUAACUCCUCCAUUACCUUCAAAAAGAGCAAAAUUAAAUAAUAAUAAUCGUGAAACAACAAAUGAAAGGAAAAAAGUAAAUAAAAGGACUGCAAUAAAAAAAACUGAAGGAAAUAAGUUAGAGAGGGAAGUUGAUCUUUUGAAUGAUUUUCUUGAUAAUAUCUCUGUUAUGGAAGCGGCUGUCUCUACUCAGGCAGCAGAAGCAUUAGCUAUAAGAGAAGAAAAGGAGGAAUUGAAAAUGCCCCAAAAGGAAUUGUUGGCGAAUGUACAAACACAGAUGGAUGAAAUGAAUGGAAUGAAUGAAAUGGGAAUGAUGAGAUAUACAAAUGAAGAGAAAAUGAAUGAAAAUAAUAUUUCUGUUGAGGAUAUAAAUGCUACCUCCAAAAACCGCCCGCCGAAAAGGUUAAUUUGUUGCUGUAAUUCCAAUGAAGUGGAAGGCUUAAACGUUGAUGAACUUCCAGAAGGAUGCAAAAAACGCGCAAAAUUGCUUUUAGAAAAUGGAGAACAACAAUGUGAUAAAGACCAAAACAAAUCAUUGACGCCGCCUUCACCAAAAAUAAACAAAGAAGAUAAAGAAAAGAAGAAAAAGAGGGAAAUGAUAUUGUAUCUGGAAGAAGAUGAAGUGGUUCAAGUAAUGAAAAUGAAAGAGUUGUUGGCACUCAUGACUUCAAAAAAGGAUUGA